UUUUUUUUUUGUUCUCGUUUUCCGUGUUUCUGAAUGACAGACACCAACAGCAUUCAGCGCACGUCUGACAAGACGAUGCGUGCGCUGUGGGAGUACACGGCUGUCAAGGAUGACGAGCUCAGCUUCCCAGAAGGCACCAUCAUCACCGUGCUCAGCGAAGAGUCGCCUGGAUGGUGGCUGGGACAGAUUGGCGAGGCUGUCGGCUUCUUUCCUUUGAACUACACUGAAGACAUUUCUGCGGGCGGCGCUGACGAGGACUUGUAUUCCGCGACGCAAGACUCUCGCGAAUUCGACGACGAGUUUGACGACGAGGAGGAGAUUUACGAAGAAAUCCUCAUCGAUCCAGCAGCGUCCGAAGCGUACCGCUCUGCCAUCAAGGAAACGCUGGCCAUGACGAAAGAUGUUGCGCCCGCAACGAAAUCAACCUUUGCCGGCGCGAGCGUUCCCGCGGCAGCCGCGCCCGAGACGCCGCCACCGAGCGCAUCGCCCUCUGCUCAGAUUACCAUUGUUGCCGUGCAGAUGCCCGGACAAUCGGCCAAGGAGGAGGAGCGUUGGUAUGAUGGUGCGCCCGGCGGCGCCGACAUUCGCAACGCGCUGUCCAAGCGCGAGUGCAACCGCCAGGAGGCCAUUUUCGAAUGCCUCACCUCUGAGCGCGGCUACGCGCGCGAUCUUCACGUCAUUCUCGACCAGUUCCUCAAACCCCUGCGCGACAGCGACGUUGUCAACAAGACCGAUCUUAACAUUCUCUUUUCGAACAUUGAGCAGCUCCUUCCGCUGGCAGAGGAGCUUGCCAGCUGCUUGGACGAGCGGCGGAAGCAGAGCGUCGUCGUGGAUCACGUUGGUGACGUCUAUCUGCUCAUGGCCGACUUUUUCCGAAUGUACACGCUGUACUGCGGCAACUUUGAGCACGCGCUCGUUCAUAUCGACAAGUUGCGCAAGAACAAGAAGGCAUCGGCGCUCCUUGACAAGCUCGAGCGCAGUCCCGAGUGCCGCAUGCUCAAUCUCAACUCGUUCCUGAUCAAGCCCGUGCAGCGCAUUUGCAAGUAUCCCCUGCUGAUCAAGGCCAUCAUCAAGCACACUGAAGAGAACCACAAGGACUUCCAGUUCCUCACGCAGGCUCUCAACAAGCUCGAGACGAUUGUGACCAUCGUCAACGAAGGCAACAAGGCCGCCGAGCGCACCAACCGCAUGAUUGAAAUCCAAGGCAAGCUCAAGAACGACGACUUUGCCCUCAUCACUCCAUCGCGCAAGCUGCUGCGCGAGGAUGAGGUGAAGGAUGUCACCGGUAAAAAGGAGGACCGAAUCGCCUUCCUGUUCAACGACGUUGUGCUCCUCACCACCAAGAAUGGCAAGUUCCAUGCCGCCAUUCCGUUCGACAGCUGCAUCGUGAACGACAGUCCCGAGGCGGCCGCCUCUGCCGCUCCGGAUGUCGCUGCGCGCAUGUUUGAAAUCAUCCAUCUCGGCAAGACCAAGUUCACGCUCGUGGCUGCCUCUGCCGACGUUCGGCAAACCUGGAUUGACGAACUGGUCGAGAUGACCAAGGACUUUAUCAGCCGCCAACAAGAAAUCUGGCUUGCCCAAGGCAUUUCCACCGCUCUUGCCGCUGCUCCCAUCGAGUCUUCCGACGACGGACCCGAUGCCCCCGAGGAGGAUGAGAAGAGCUCCUCUGACGCCGACAAGGAGGAGAAGCGAAAGGAGAAGGAGCGCGAGAAGGAAAACAAAAAGAAGGACAAGGAGGCCAAGAAGGAAAAGGAGCGUCUGGAAAAGGAGGAGAAGAAGGACAAGGAGCGCAAGGAAAAGGAGGAAAAGAAGGAAAUCAAGGAGAAGGAGAAGGAAAAGGAGCGCGAGCGCGAAAAGGAGGAGCAGGCCAAGCGAGCGAGCAUUGCUGCUGCCACGACCAGCGAGUCUCCAACGAGCUCCACGCGCAACUCCUUCUCGGGCACACCGCCUGCCAGCGCCGGCGGUGCAUCCCGACCCAUCUCAGUGGCCGAGCACGCUGUCAACCGAGGACGUGCUGGCUCCACCAGCUCAAACUCCUCCUCCCCAGCUGCCCUCCGCAAGCCGUCGUCACCCCUCGCUCAAGGCAACGACAGGCCGGCAAGCACCAUCUCCAACGACAAUUCGCCAUCGACCACCCGUCGCAUGACCUCGACCAUCGACUCGAGCUACAAGCGACCCGGCACGACCAUCCAGCCAAAGGCGGCGCCAGGCGUAUCUUCGAUGAUGUCUGCCUACACGCGACAGGCCCAAAAGGACCAGCAGCACUUCCCCGUCCGUGUGCUGAGCUACGACGCCGAGGGCAAUGACCAAUAUUCGUACAACCUGACCGUCAAGCUGACCGAGACUGCGCAGUCCAACACAAUCAAGCGCACCUAUGCUGAUUUCUACGAUUUGCAUGUUCGCAUGAUCCAGUCUUUCCCAGACGAGGCUGGUUCUCGUGCACCGUACAAGCGCACCCUGCCCGACUUGCCCCAACAGCGUGUGUUUGUGAACGAGUCUAUUGCCGGAAUUCGUCAGCGUGAGCUUGACACGUAUUGCAAGAAACUCUGGGCCAUGUCCGACAAGAUCACCAAGAGCGACUUGGUCCAAAAGUUCCUUGAUGAUGCUCGUCGCUCAAACAAGGUUGGAUUCAAGAAAUCGGGGCAGACGGCGACUGGCACGAGCAACUCGGUCAGCACGCCUGGUGUCAAUACUGCCAAUGCAGCGGCUGUGGAUGCACGCGCACAAAACUAUCGCGACCGCACUGCCAGUCGCAUCACCAAGCUGGUGGGGCGAGCCAAGAAGAAUUUGAAUGCUGUAGACCCCAGCAUCAAAAAGACUCAGCAGCAGCAGCCUGCCAACAAGUCUGGCGGCAGCAACAACAGUUCUGCCACCUCCGUCAGAAACUCCACUGCUUCAACGGCACCGGCCAGCACUCGCGCCUCCCACAUCCCCGCUCGCAUCAAGCCUUCAGAGCGUCCUGAACUCGCUCCGAGGCCCGAAUUCAAUCGCGUGGAAUUGCGCAAGACCACCUACGGCGAUGCCGUCCGCACUGGUCGGGGCGAGAGCGUCAAACCCACAGUUACCGGUCAGGUAGUCUCUACCAACAAGAUUAUUGCUGCCGCCGACGCCAAAAAGGCUGGCGCAUCUCCGUCCGGCAAGCCAGACGAGCCGGUUCCUGAAUUCCUCCAAGUCAAGCUCAACCGCACAAACACUGGCAAGGAGAUCAAGUCUGGAGGCAGCUCGAGCACAGCUGCUGCAUCAACCAGCGGCAGCAGCAGCAGCAACGGCAACGGCAACGGCGCUGCUCCCAAGUCUGGCAAAAAGAAGAAGGGAUUUUUGGCCAAGUUGUUUGGCAUGUUCAAAUCAAAGAACCCUUCCAGUGGCAGUUCCGCUUCGUCCACCACUUCCAGCACGUCCAGCCUGAGCUCCACCAGUCGCACUACGUCCACGACCUCCAGCUCGAGCAGCAAACCGAGCACUUCUAGCACGACGACCACGAGCUCGAGCGCUGGCAAGGAGCCGCUGAACAAGCGCAAGAGCGUUGCGGCGACGGCCUCCAUGUUUGAGACUGGCGCCGCUUUCAACGGCCAGAACAACAAUAACACCCCUGGUCGCAAGUCGGGUGCAUCCUCAAGCAGCACCACCAGCUACCAACGAACCGGUGCGAGCGCAGGCCCAGGCGGCGCGCGAUAAAUUGGAUUCUUGGGAGCUGGAAUUGUGAUGCGCAGGAUUCAGCUGUUGAUUCCAAUCCUCUACCGUUCAUGUUACGUUGUUAUUGUUCCAAGUACCCUUCAUUGUUGUGAUUUUGCGAAACGACUGUUGUCGUUGUGUGUUUUGGAUUUUUUUUUUUGUGAUUUUCUCUUGGGUAUUCUUGCUUUUCGGCUUACGGGUACUGUAGCUGGUCUUUCUUCUACUACUUUUUUUCUUUUUCAUUCUAAUUUUUUUGUGG